AUGCCAAAGAAGGAGUAUUCCCUCUUAUUCGAUGAAGCUGUGUAUGCAGACAUGGUCCAGUAUCAUUACGAUUCUUCCCGAUGGAUGGACAUGCAGCACGUCCCGGCGGAAGCAGCCAGGAUCCCGCGUAGCAGCAAGAAACUGGAGGAGUUGUGCAGAAAGGGAGCAAUUGAAGUCGGCGACACAUGGACGAUGAGGAAGACCGACAGGGAUGGCAAUGUAAUCGCCUUCAGUGCUACGAUCGAAGCACUUGACAUAUACUCGAUCCCCACGAUGAGGACAAACGGGCAGCUAAAUGGCAACACAUGGCCUUGCAUAGGACCCAGUGAUUUCGAUCAAAUGAUGGUUCGAGCCCACUCCGGAGUUAAUAGAUCCUUCCGCAACACGUGGGAUAUCAUUUCAGUGACAAGGAAUAACCAGGAGCUUGGUAGCCUUCACUUGUGUCGUCAGUGUCUCCAGCUCUGGGAGGACGAGAUGGAGAAGUGGGGAUGCAAUGGUUUGGGCGAGAGUGUGGGCGACCGAUGCUGA